GCUCCAUUCCCAAAUUCAGCCCUUUUCUCCUCUCUCAGAAAUACUCAUACCCCCAUCGCCAUCGCCUCCCUCUCUCAAUUCCUUUUUCCUCUUUCCCAUUUCUACCAAUCCCAACAACAUUUCUGCACAUCAAAACAGAUUGAUUAUUGUUCAUCAAAGGGGACCACCUGAGAUCAAAUCCAAUUCCGAACAAUGUUUAGAAGGCUCGCUAUCCAGCUUCGCAAUCUCGCCCCGACUCGAUCUCUUCCCAGGGCCACUCCAUUCCCCGUUGGAUCUUCCAGAGCUCCGGACAAUGCCCUCCUUGCUUUCCCCAUCUUCUCUCGCCAUUUCACUACUGAAUCUGGGUAUGUGACUAAAAGAGUGGAGGAUGUAAUGCCGAUUGCUACUGGUCAUGAGCGUGAAGAGCUAGAAGCUGAGCUUCAAGGAAGGGACCUCCUGGAAAUCAACUACCCCGCAGGUCCAUUCGGAACAAAGGAAGCACCUGCUGUGAUCAAGUCUUAUUAUGACAAAAGGAUUGUGGGAUGCCCUGGCGCUGAAGGAGAGGAUGAACACGAUGUUGUUUGGUUCUGGCUAGAGAAGGGCAAGCCUCAUGAGUGCCCAGUAUGCUCGCAGUACUUUGUGUUGGAAGUAGUUGGUCCAGGCGGACCUCCUGAUGGACAUGGGGAUGAUGAGGAUGAUCAUCACUGAAUGUAGUUGGCAAUUUUGCUGCCAGAAUAAGAUCUGGUGAGAGAAUGAUGGAUUUUGUAAUAUUCUUGAGGGUUCAAGAGCUUAUUCAUUUCGCCCGCCGUUUGAUGGACCUGUUGGUCUUACAGUUGCUUUUGCAACAAUUUAACCUGUUCCUCUUGAUGGUUUUUGGGUUUUAGAAACAUGGGCUAGCUAGUCUGUCACUUGGAAAUAUGGACUUACAAACUUUCUCAUGCGGCACAUAAUAAUCGAUGGCAACCAAGUACUUUCAUUCUUGCCACUUUUAUUGUCUUCAAACAUGAGCCUCUCUUUUAGGUAAUCAUUGUUCAUUUAUGCUUUUGCUUGUGCAUAUUCUUGUAGUGAGUCAUCUUAGGGAUUAUAUAUCCAAUUCUGAA